AUGCUUCUCGUCCGGUCCAACAUCAACAAGGACCAGUCAGGCUCCGUCACCGUCCGCCCCCAGGAUGACGAGGACAUGUGGCAUGCCUACAACCUCAUCUCGAAGGGAGAUGAGCUGCGUGCGUCCGCUGUACGACGAGUGACGAGUGAAUCGGCAACCGGCUCAACCUCCUCGCAACGCGUACACCUGAAACUCACGAUCCGAGUCGACAAAGUCCUAUACUCUGCGCUCGCCCAGCCCGACUCUACCGCCUCCGCAUCCUCCUCUUCCGCUGCCGACUCCUCUGCACCCGUCGCCGCCGCCUCCGGGACAUCCGGUACGACGACCCUGCAUGUUUCGGGCAAGAUUACGAGCGAGAACGAGCAUGUCAAGAAGGGAGCGUACCAUACACUCGAUUUGGAGAUCGGGCGCGAUUUCACGAUUAUCAAGGGUGAGGGGGAGUGGGACAGUGUUGCGAGGGAACGGCUGAGGGAGAUGACGGAGCCGGGUCGAGGAGCGGAUGUGGGCGCGGUUGUUUGCGGAGAAGGCACCGCCAACAUCUGCAUCAUCACUAACCACACAACCAUCGUCAAGCAACGCAUCGACGUACCCGUCCCUCGGAAACGAAAAGGCGGAGGAACAGCCCUGGGCGCCGAGCGGGCCAACUCGCGCUUCUUGCAUCAAGUCUACGACGCCGUGAACCGGCAUUUCGACUUUGAGCAGCUGAAAGUGCUCAUCAUCGCUUCGCCGGGUUUCACGAAGGAGACGGUACACUCGUUCCUGCUUGAGGAGGCCGUGCGGCAAAACAACAAGGCGCUGAUACAGGCCAAGAGCAAGUUCCUGCUCCUGCACUCGCCGACCCACCACGUCCAUUCACUCACUCAGAUCCUGUCAAGUCCCGAGGUGUCGUCUCAGCUCAAGGACACCAAGUUCGCGCAAGAAGGCGUCAUGCUGGAGAAGUUCUUCAAGAUGCUCGAGGAGAACCCUCUGCGAGCGUGGUACGGCGAGAGCCACGUCUUCAAGGCCGCAGAACGAGGCGCGAUCGGCAAGUUGCUCGUCUCGGACGAGUUGUUCCGCUCUCCCUCUGUCGCACGGCGGAAGAAGUUCGUCCAGCUCGUCGAGGAUGUCAAGGCGUACGGCGGCGAAGUGCUCAUGUUUUCGUCGAUGCACGAGUCGGGCCAGCAGCUCAACCAGCUGACGGGCAUUGCGGCAAUACUCACGUACCCGCUCGACAUCGAGGUUGUCGAGGAGGAAGAGCGGGCGGAACGUGAGGAGGAGGAGAAGCGGCGACGGGAAGCAGGCGAGGAGCAGGACGACGAGUAG